AUGGCGUGCAUAUGUAGCAAUGACAUAGGGUCUUUUAAAUGUAAAUUGUUUUUCCCAGCUUUGGAUGUAUUGGACAUUGCUUCUAAUGAAUUCUCUGGUGAACUAUCCAUUGAUUCCCUUCAAGCUACUCAGUUAAGGUCGCUCAGUAUCGGUGGGAAUAAAUUGGAAGGGAAGUUGCCAAGGUCAUUAGCCAAUUGCACAAAGCUUGAAGUAUUGGACCUUGGAAAAAAUAUGAUACAUGACACGUUUCCUUUGGUUGGAAAAAUACCUUCUUUGAAGGUCGUACUUCUAGGGAAUAAAUUUUAUGGCACGAUUCAAGUUUCUGAGGCUGAAAAUGCUUUUCCAAUGCUACGGAUAUUGGACCUUGCUUCCAACAACUUUUCAGGUGAGUUAUCCAUCGAGUUUUUGCAAUGUUUGAGAGCAAUGAUGGUAAGGAUUGAUGGCAACAAAGCAAAGCUAGAUUAUAUUGGAGAGGAGGACUAUCAAGACUCCGUGACAAUUGUCAUCAAAGGACUGGAAAUGGUUUUAGAGAAGAUCUUAACCAUUUUUACUUGUCUUGACCUUUCCAAUAAUAGUUUCCAUGGUAGAAUACCGGAUGAAAUACAAAAUCUCACAUCACUCAUAGUGCUAAACUUAUCUCAAAAUAGCUUCUCUGGCCAAAUUCCAUUAGCACUUGAGAACCUAAAAGAGCUUGAGUCUUUGGACCUUUCACUGAACAAAUUCUCAGGGAAAAUUCCUCCGGAACUUACAAGUCUAACUUUCCUAUCAGCAUUAGACUUGUCUUACAACAACCUUGAAGGGAGCAUACCAGAAAGUAACCAAUUCAACUCAUUUUCCAAUGAUUCUUAUCGAGGGAACCCAAGAUUAUGUGGGUCGCCUUUGACAAGGAAAUGCAAUGAAGUUGGUGUUCGACUACCACCUCCAGGGGAAGAUGCAGAUUCAUUGGUAGAUGGUAUAUCUGAUUGGAAAAUUGUGUUGAUUGGAUAUGGAUGUGGAUUGGUGAUUGUAUGUAUUGGAUAUACAGUGUUGAAUGAGAUGGGAAACAAAUGGCUUGACAGUUGCAGGAGGAAUGGGAAAAUGAAUCAUAGAAGAUCUAGGUGA